UAAGGUUGGAGCUGCUCGGGUGCUGUCGGCUCGAUUUGCACGUUAAACCUUAAAAAUAAGGGCAGGCGUGGGGAAAGAGCCAUCCUCACGGAUUUUAGAUUCCAAAGGGGCUCCUUAGAAGCAAACCUGACGGAAGUAAUAGAUUGCACGUAUAAAUCCAAUCGCACUUGGAGACUUGGAGUAGUUAAUACCCGCUGCAGGUUCUGAUCAGUUUUAAAACGGGAGGCAAGAAGAAGCUGGGAAGAAGGAUCGGUUUUCUCGCCUGCAUCUUUUGUGAUGGCUUCGUAUCAUUGAUACCGGGAGAAUCUCUGACCAAUGGGCGGAAGGAUGGCUUCCGUGGGCGGGCUUUAAGAAUGGCCUUGAGUAGGCGCACGAAUUCAAGGGGCUUCUGCCCAAUGUCCUUGCAAACGCGGAGGCAUAGAGUGGCGGAGCUGUCAGUCUUCAUCUCUUGGACGAUCUCCUUCCUAGACCAUUGGAAAAACGAUGCCCAUGUUGGCAGAAGGGGGCUUGGCUUAUUGCAUUGGCAUCACCUUGCUUUGUCUAAGAGAGUUUGCAGCUGAGGCUUCAGGAUGGACAGCAGUGAGGAAUACGGUCAGUGCCCAGAUGCCCCAUGAAAUUAUAAUCCCUCAGUGGAGAGCGGAUGCAAACUCAGGCAACGCCAAGCAUCCAUCGAGAGCAGAACUCAGGAUAACAGCUGAAGGAAGAAACUUUAUUGUCGAUGUUGAAAAAAACGAGGAUCUCUUUGCACCAGACUACACUGAAACUCAUUAUACCAAAACUGGAACAGCCCAAACCAUCUGCUUGAACAAAACAGAUAACUGCUUUUACCAUGGAAGAGUGAGGGCCGUUCGUGAAUCAAGUGUGGUGCUCAGCACAUGCAGAGGUCUACGUGGCCUUAUAGUUAUAAGCAACAACCUCAGUUACGUCUUAGAGCCUCUUCCUGAUAGCCAGGAGCAUCACUUCAUCUACAGGUCUGAGCAUCUCAAAGUUCCUCACGGAAGCUGUGGAAAUGAGCAUUUGGAGUCAAAGGUGACAGAUUGGCUUGCAGAGUUGACAGGCCGAACUGAACCCCGUUACCACAGGGUGAAGAGGGAUGAUCAACAAUCAAUGAAAUAUGUGGAGCUUCUAUUAGUAGCUGAUUAUGCAGAAUUUCAGAAAAAUAAAUAUGAUCUUCAAGCAACCAAGAAUAAAUUAGUGGAAGCUGCCAAUUAUGUAGAUAAAUUCUACAGGUCGUUAAACAUACGGAUUGCUUUGGUUGGACUUGAAGUCUGGAAUGACUACAAUAAGUGUGACAUCUCUGAGAACCCACAUUCAACGCUUUGGUCAUUUCUUGCUUGGCGGCGCAGAUUACUAAUAAAUAAAAAGCACGACAAUGCCCAAUUGAUUACUGGGAUGUCCUUCCAUGGUACUACUAUUGGCUUGGCCCCUCUGAUGGCCAUGUGUUCGGCUUAUCAGUCUGGAGGAGUAAAUAUGGAUCACUCUGAAAAUGCCAUUGGAGUUGCUGCCACUAUGGCCCAUGAAAUGGGCCACAACUUUGGUAUGAGUCAUGAUUCAGUUGGCUGCUGCUCUGCCAGUCCCAGAGACGGAGGAUGUAUUAUGGCUGCUGCAACAGGGGCACCCUUCCCCAGAGUCUUCAACGAAUGCAAUAGAAAAGAGCUGCAACGAUAUCUGCAAUCUGGUGGUGGGAUGUGUCUUUACAAUAUGCCAGAUACAAGGACCUUAUAUGGAGGACAGAGGUGUGGAAAUGGGUAUCUGGAAGAAGGGGAAGAAUGUGAUUGUGGAGAAGUGGAGGAAUGUCAUAAUCCUUGUUGCAACGCUGGUAAUUGCACUCUGAAGCAGGGCGCUGAGUGUGCUCAUGGAACUUGCUGUCACAAAUGCAAGUUGGUUUCACCUGGAACUCUUUGCCGGGAACAGGAAAGAACAUGCGACUUACCGGAAUACUGUUCGGGCAAAUCACCGUUUUGCCCUGCAAACUUCUAUCAGAUGGACGGUACCCCAUGCGAGGAUGGCAGGGCAUAUUGCUACAAUGGCAUGUGCCUGACGUACGAGCAGCAAUGUUUGCAGCUUUGGGGAUAUGGAGCAAGGCCAGCCCCUGACCUUUGCUUUGAGAAAGUUAACGCUGCCGGAGAUUCCUAUGGGAACUGUGGGAAGGAUAUCAGUGGGAACUACAGGAAGUGCGACACAAGAAAUGCUAAAUGUGGCAAGAUACAGUGCCAAAGUUCUGCUUCCAAGCCUCUGGAGUCCAAUGCUGUUGCAAUUGAUACAACUAUCAAAUUAAAUGGAAGAGAAAUUCAUUGUCGUGGUACCCACGUCUAUCGAAAUGAAGGAGAUGAAGGAGAUAUAUUAGACCCAGGACUCGUGAUGACAGGAACCAAAUGUGGUGACAGUCAUGUGUGCUUUGAGGGCCACUGUCAGAAUACCUCCUUCUUUGAUAGUGGACAUUGUGGAACAAAGUGCAAUGGCCAUGGAAUCUGCAACAACAAUCACAACUGCCAUUGUUUCAGUGGAUGGGCACCUCCAUUUUGUGAUAAACCUGGAAAGGGAGGAAGCCUGGACAGUGGCCCCAUGCUUGAAAAAAGUCCUAUUCCAAUCAUCAUAGGUGUCCUGGUUUCCAUCUUGCUUUUGACUUUAAUUGGAAUAGCUUUUUGCUGUUACAAAUGGAGAGCCAAACUUGUGCCAGUUAAGAAGACUAUCUUUGCUCCCAAGAAAACCCAACAGUCCAGCACACCUCCUUCCGUUCAGAAGGAAGUGAAUGGACAUGCCAACCCAGCAUUCAAAUUGAAAACUCCACAAGGACAGAGAAAGAUUACUGAUAUACAGAAUGCACUCUCAAAAUCUGAAGUGCUAUACUGCGAGCCACCUACAGAGCUCAAGAGACAGGGUCAGCCACCACCCCCGGUUUUUCCAGCUAACUACACAAAGAAACCCCCCUUUCUGGAACAGCGUACCGAGGAGAAACAUUUGCCAAAACGAACUCCACCAAACAGACCUGCACCUCCGCCUCCAAAAGUCAUGGUUCAGCAGGAUUCUUCCAGACUAAAACCACCUCAGAGAGCACUUCCGGCUAAUCCAGUCCCUUCAAGCAACAGGACGGGAUUGUCCAAAGUGAAAACAGGAGCAGUACCAUCCUAUGGCACUUCAAAGAAUACAGGAAUACAUGCAGUCUUGGCAGAGAAUCGAGUCAUGAGAAAUCCUGGAGCGGCAAAUACUCUGAAGUUUAGAAGCUGAAAUUUGUCCUAUGGUUCUAAAAUCUGCAUCAAUUCCAUCUGGUUUCACCUGGAAUUUUCAAGGGCUUUGUUUCGUUUUUUACAAGUCUCAGACCUAAAGUAACUGAGGCCAAUUUCAGAGCAACCUUUAGGAAAGAACCUAUAUUUUGUGGCAUGGGCUGAUGCAAUUCUCUAGAAAAGGUCUAGAGAUCUCCCAAUACAUACCAAGGACCUUUCUCCAUUACAACAUUUGUUUGUUUAAAUUGGCAUGCAGAGGGAAGCAGAGGACUUAAUUACUCCUGUAAUUCAUUGUUUCAACAAUAGAUGGAUUGAUUAAUCAACAUUGCAUAAUGGAGCCAAUAUAUCCAUCUUUGAACACUUUCUGGAACAAUUAAAGAAGACAGAAAUGUGAUGCCCUAAUAUCAUCGCAUGCUGGUGAGAGAUCCUCCCAAACUACUUUAAAUCAUGUAGAAGAAUUUCCCAAUUUGAAGAAUUUUGUUGUAUAUGCAUUUAAGAGAAGAAUUUUCUUUCGCUUUAAGGAAUCUUCUUACAUAUAUUUAAUCUCUUAUAUUCUUCUAUGGCAUCAGCUAUCACUCCAAAGUUUUUUCGGUCCACACUUUUCAGAAUUUAGAAAUUUUAGUAAUACAAGUGCAGUGAGUCCAUAUUUUGCCUUGAACUUCCACGAUUCUCUGAGGUAUACUCAGGUCUAUUUCAGUAGUAGGUUUCAAAACCUGCUGCUACAGGUUUGUUAUUGGUAGCGCAUGGGCACCCACGCAGAUCAUUUUUUAUGAUGUCUGGACGGGUGGGCGGAGCCUCACGCCGCCCGAACCGGGGUGAACCCGGAGCAACCCACCACUAGUCUAUUUGCCUUGGAAUUAUAACAAGUACUGACCAGCUAUGCAGGAGUGCUUUUGUGAUGGCAAAUGUUUACCUUCAACCUUCAACUGGUCUUGACUUCAUUUCUACUCAGAUGUCUUAUGUAUCUCUGAAAUGCAACUUUGGGAAAUGAUCGCUGAUCUUUCCUCAAGUGUUACAUGAGGUAAUUUCAACAGAAAGUGAAGAAUGGAGAGAUGCUUCUAAUAUGACACCCAUCUCUAUUCCGAAGGAAAAUACGUUGAAGGAACUUCAUAAACCUUUUAUAUGAAGAGGGAAGUGGGCUGUUUUAGAGGGGACUAGAAUAGAGAAGAAAAGGACAAAAAUUAGGUUGGACUUUAUCAUGCAUGGGGAAGGGGCAGGAUUUUUUUCUGGUUUUUUUUUUUUUGGUAGAAGAGGUAGGGUAGGCUUUUAAAGCUAUAUUAUGCCUAUUUUAGGUUAACUUUAGAGUUUAUUUAUUGUCUGGUCUUGAAACAACAUUUUACGGUACAGUUGGAGAAGGUGCAAGAAUUCUUUUGCUCUGAGGGAUGUAGCAAACCCUUGACCCAAUACCCCAUGGUGUGCUGGUUCACAAGAGCCAAUUGUUACAUUUUCUUGAAUUUUGUGAGCUGAUGGAGAACAGAACUCUGAGCUACUCUACCUACAGUACACACCAAUCAUCAUUUACCAGCAUAUCAGUACCCAUUUCUCAUAUACUAGGAGACCCUCAUGGAUUUUGCUGCAUGGACUUUACCUUCCUGAGGACAAAAAAAGAUGAGAGAUAUUAUCCAGGGUUUACACAGUGUUUUUGUCACUGCUGCCCCACUCUGCUUAAGGAGUUUUUUAAAAUGUAUUUAUCUUUCAUAUAUAGACUGGGCUUAUUCACUUAAAACAUUUGAAAAUUUCCUUAAUGUAACUAGUGACUUUUUAUACUUUCUAAUUUGGCACUGGUAUAAAGAAUACAGCAAAUUUAUAAUAAGAACAAAGUCAUCAGAUAAGGUACCACAUUAACUUUUAUAACAUCAUUAUAAUGGGGAAUUUCCUGAUUGAAAUGCAAUGCAGAGCUAUUUAUAAGUGUCCAUUGAUCAGUGUUUAUGUAAGGAUGUUAACUUACUCAUCCCACAUUCAAAGUUUUAUAGGCUUCUCAUUCCAAUUCAUUAGGGGAUAUCUAAUGAUCCAGCUUAAUUAGAGGUCCACCACAGUUCACGAAGCUCAAAAUAGGCUUUUUGAUUCAUGGUGCUAGUUGAGCAGUUGAUAAACAUCUAUUGUUUGUCUAACUGUGCUCCACAAGUUGUCUUUGCACUUUAAACAACCUUGAAUUGUAGUGAAAGUCAAUUGUAACACUGAGGCAUAUCCGAGGCUUCACAAAUGUUCUCAGGUUUUAAGUGGUGCUUCCUUUAUCCUGUGGAUUUAUUUUCAGUUUGCUUUGCAGUAUGUUGGUGCUAAAGAAAUGCUGUUUGGUUUCUGAUGACGUAAAAUUGCCAUGGUUAGUCUAGGACAAGGGUCUGCAAACCUGGCUCUUUUAAGACUUGUGGACUUCAACUCCCAGAGUUCCUCAGCCACAAAGCAAAAUAUGUCUCCUCAAUACACACUAUAAAAACACUUCUACUUGAAUGUGUUGUGCUAGAACAGGGGUGUCAAACUCGAUUUCAUUGAGGACCACAUCAGGGUUGUGUUUGACUUCGGGGGGCUGGGGUGGGUGUGGCCAGUAUAGGCAUGGCCAACUCAAUGUCACUCGUGCUGGGGCGCCUGUGGUGGCCUGAGCUCUCUGCCAGUGAAAAAGGGCUCCCUUUCACCGUUUUUGCCUGAGAUGGCUUCCUGCAACCCUCUGCCAGGGAAAACGGAGCUCAGGAGGGCCUCCCACAGCCCUCGCAAGCUACGUUUUUGCUGGCAGAGGCACCGCAGGCCAGUCCUUCCCUGUUUCCAGAGCGACCCCGCGGGCCAAAUCUAAGCACCCCGUGGGCCAAAUCCAUCCCCCAGGCCUUGAGUUUGAUACCCCUGUACUAGAACAUAGUUUGAACAGUUUCAUUCUGUUGGACAAAGCUUGAAACUGUUAAAAAUAUUCUGAUCAUAGGACUUAGUGGGAAAUCUAGAUCCCUAUUUUUCAUGCCAGAGAGCUACAGACAUUUAUAAAUUAGCAUUUCAUGCCAAGUUUUAUGUAGAAAAUUUGAUCAAGUAAAAACUAAAAACCCCAAAAAGUUCUUCAAAACUUUUUGAAAAACAUUAAAUCCAGAGAGGAAACAAGAGGAACAGAGUUCUGCUCUAACCAUGUACUCUUUCCACUCUACAACUGACUUCCACAUCUGCUUAUCCAGUAUGAACUAUAACAGCAAGAACAUCACUUAAUCCUUGCUAGUUUACCGAUAUGCUGAAAAAGUAGAGAAAAGGGAACCCAGUCGUAAGCCACAAAGCAAUAGCCCAGCUGCAGUUCUCAGAACAGGUAAAGUGCUGAAAAUGACUCCAGCCUAAUUUCACGCUCAGGACAAACUGCUGUGUUUUGUUCUAACCAAACUCUUGAACCAAACAACUUUUCGCUCCAUGUUUGCAAUAGCUGAAAUGAUCAUUUUUAAAGCUAAAGUAUUUUGUGCAUUCCUAGGUGUAUGUUUCAAACCCACGCCAAUCAAGCAACUCGUUUACAGUAAGAAAGUAUCUAGAAAGUGCAGCCAUCAUACGGAGUUAUUCUUGGUCCUUUGAAGAGGAUAGAUAAAUUUUCAAUACAAUCCUAUAAUGUCAUUCAAAAUUAUGGCUGCAGGAGUUGAAGCCUUGCUGUAGCCAUAUCGUGUAAUGACUGCCUUAAUGAAAUGCAAACACAUCCUACAUUCUCAGUCUUCCGUAAUCUGAAAAUCUGUUUCCAAAACUUUGCAGAAUCAUAUUAAAAAUCCUUUACUGAGAGCCGUGGCAGGUGAAGACACAAAAAAAAUCAAAUUCUUAAUUUAGCACUGCUUUGAUAAAUAUGCACAAUCCUGCCAUUUCUUCCACUAAACUUUAUUUGGCCUAUUAUUUCAUAUUGCUUCAAGGUGUGUCUAUUUCCAAGAAUAUUUUACAGCCAAAAGGGUAUCUUAUUAAUCAGAUUGCUAGUUCUUAAAAGUGACUUCCUCAUAAGUUCUAAAAUUAGCAUCCUGCUCCCUUCUCACCGGUGCAGGAAUACAACUCUAUCUUCUCCCUCUACCUCCUGGGAAUAAGAGACAUUUCCUUGUGUGAUAAUGGAAGAGAAAAUAACUCUUCCUACAGUUACUGCAUGAUGGAGGGAAUUUUGGAACAUUUCAUAAUUAUGUUCUAGAGCAGGGGUCUCCAACCUUGGUCCCUUUAAGACUUGUGGACUUCAACUCCCAGAGUUCCUCAGCCAGCUUUGCUCUGGGAGUUGAAGUCCACAAGUCUUAAAGGGACCAAGGUUGGAGACCCUUGUUCUAGAGCAGGGUUCCUCAACCUCUGGUCUGUGGAUCUACACUGGUCCCCAGCAUGCAAGAAACCGAGCCCCAUCCACGGGAUGCAGGCAGCUUGCAAAUGCUCGACGCCUCCAGUCUGUGGAAAAACCUCUCGCCACAGAACUGGUCCCUGGUGCCCAAAAGUUUGGGGGUCACUGUUCUAAAGGAGUCUUUUCAGAUGCAGGAAAUGACAGCCUCAAUUACAGCAUAUGCCUUAAUACUGAUAAUACUUCGCAUAAUUCUGUUUUUUCGUAUGCAUGGCAUAGAUUGGGAGAAAAAUGUUACAUGGGGCUACAGCUCAAUACACAUUGAAUCAGUUUGUGCCCCUAAAAUCCUGUGAAGCUUAUUUCCAAGUUUAAUAAACACUAGAGCUGUGCAGUGCUUUGGAUUCAAAGGCAAAAGGCAAGAUGAAGAUUUACCAAAUUGGGGGAGGGAGGGAGAGGCACAGUUUUCAAGCCAUACAUUAUUUGGAGAUGAUCUUUGCUGCAUGAUCACAGGAAAAGAUAAUAUUUGAUUAAAUGGGUUCCAAAGUGCCCUUUUUGCCUUUAUAACUGAAGUACCGUACAACCCUAGACUGCACUAUAACGAUUUCCACACAAAAUGUUUUGAAGAAGCCUUUUUUUACCAUGUCUUACCACUUUGUUUUGGAGUUUACAGUAUGAUUUUUGUGUACCUAUACAAAUUGUACACCUAUACAAAUACUUGAACAAUGCAGUUCGUUGUGCCUUUUGCCUAGAUAUACUGAAUAAAUUUUGUGAUUGCUAUUUGUAUACUUGUCAUAAAUUAUUGCAUGGAGAUUGCUACUAUUAAAGAGGUAGGGGAUAAUAUUUUUUUAACCAAUUGUUCUCGUUGCUGGAGAAGUUUUCUUCAGUUUGAAUUCAAU